GCCUUUGUUCCUCUAAUUGUACGUAAAUCACUUUUGUACUUUAGUGCGGAAGAACUGCUGCCGCCCGCCUAGGUACCUCGGCGAUCGUUUGUGUUCUGCGCAAAGUAAUGGCGGAAUACUGCACGAGAUGCAGAAUGCGCAGCAAGUGGUGCACUCGCUGCUAUCCACCUCCACCAGACCGCAAAGCCCGCCAGGAAGUUUCGACGCAGACAGAAGGUAACCCCGAGUUUUCGUUAUCGGAAUCUCUCGAAUCUGGCAACCUUGCGGAUGUGGAGGUCUCUGUCGAGUCCUGGUUAUUCCCAGGCCAGCGUGAAACUUUCAAGGCCCACAAGAUGAUCUUGGCUUUACAGAGUGACGUGUUCAAGGCCAUGUUUUACGGCGCCUUCGCCAAGGAGGACCGUAUAGUCAUCACCGACUUGCACCCGGAGGGUGUCCGAGGCCUCUUGCGGUAUUUCUACAGCCGCCGUUUGGAUGUACAAACCGCGUACCAGGCCGCCUGUACCCGUACUGCUGCUGCCAAAUACCUCGUCCCCGAGCUCGAGGAGAGAUGCCUCGCGUUCAUGAACGAACGCAUGGUUACCGACGAGGUGUGUGCUUUCCUGGACUACGUUCUGACCAUGGGCGAAGAAGCCUUGGCCACCCCCGCCACAAUCCUCAUCGUCAAAGACAGCAUCGGGGUGCUCUCCUCCGCGACAUUUAUGACUUGCACCGAGGAGACCGUGAGAUAUGUUCUCAAGCACGCCGCCAAUGUUCCCGAGGCAUCAGUGCUAAAAGUCGUGUACGGUUGGGGGCAGCAGCGCCUCACGCGCGCCGACCAUUCGUAUAGCACACGUCUACGCCGUAAAGGGCGAGGGCUCGAAGGCGAACCGGUCGAUUUUCGUGCGGUCAUGCGCCCACUACUCCCCGAGCUACGGUUCCUCGCGCUGACGGCCAAGGAAUUCGUCGACGGUCCUAACACGUGGGGAAUGUUCACAGACGCCGAAGCAAGGGCAGUUCUGAGCAACAUCGUCAAAGAAGGCUCAAUGGCGAUGGCGAAAGGGUUCUGCGAGAUCCGCAAGGCUCGAGGGUAGACCUGCGCACGAUCUUGAGCUCCAGUAGAUACCGCGUGACGUGCUCGCAGCUUCGUUCUUGUAAAACUUACUUGCGGACUGCAGUGUUUGUAACGGUACGUGCUGCUUCAAAUCCGAUCGACUGCGGUAGAUACCUCUUUGACUGGACGACCCUAAAUGUGGCUCGAAGUUCAGGCAAUAAUUCUUUUAUUAUUACUACAUCACAGUCGAUACCUGUAUUUCAGCAGAUAACGUUGAUAUCCUUGCGUAGUUUCAUUCGGUGACCUCACAGGACGUAGCCUACGUCAUAAAUAUUUUCUUUGCACAACAACGUCCGCCUUCCUAAAAUUUCCGCUAAUCCAUUUCCAGCCUACACCAAGAUGCAUAGACUGUUUCGAAUUGUAUUCUCACAAAGGCAUAGCUUUUUAGUACAUACUGCAGGGCUACCUUAUCGCCGUAUGGCUUAACAUUUGCCGCGAAAGUUCAGUUGUCCUUGAAUAGCUCCCGCUUUCUGUACAUCUCUGGAACAUUUGUACUUCUGUAGAGGUUAUGGUUAUUUUUGUUCAUUAUGUAGAAUCGUUAAUCUUGGCAUAAUUGCUGUCAUUUGCUCUAUCCCUCGUUCUUAACUGAAGAUUAGGUGCCUUUAAUGCACAGCUCUGGGAGAGAUACAGUGUGCACCUUUACAUUUAGGAGCUCAGAAAGUCUCUGUUUAAUAUGUAUACUUUCAAUACUUUCAAAGGGAUUGACGUCAUAAUUUGCAAAAGUGUUUUUUAAUUAUAUUAAUAAUAUUGGCUGCAGCUUACAUGCUUUUAACGCUUCGCCUCUAAGUAGAGAUGCAACGUGAACUGCCAUAAUAAUAAGGUAUCUUCAUUUUUGUAUAUUUAUUUUGUAGCGGAAAAAACGUAUGGUUUUUCAUAGCAAGGACGUUAGAAAAAUAUUUCCGAUGUUUUGAGCCAAUAACAAGUGCAGCUAGCCGAAUCGCCUAGCAGGGAGCCUUGCACAGUGGUUAAUGGGAACAUUAUGUUGAGCUGUGUUUGCCGCGCCCGGCCAGUAGAGUGACGCUUUUCUGGGCACAGCAAUGCUGGAAGACGUGCUUUAAAUAAAUACAGACUUUUCAACUUGUACAAA